CAGUUUAGUCGUAAGUUCACUGCCAAAGUGGUAGCUAGUGUGACGUGUGCCGUGGCGUUCGAAGCGUUGUGCGUGUGUGUAGCAUUUGCCGUCGAAGCAGAAAAAUUAAAAAUAAAUUAAAAUGAGCCUGCAAGUGUUGCCGCGCGUGGAUAUCGACCAGCCCAAGUUCGAUCAGAGCACCUACUUGGGUCGUGUCAAGCAUUUCUUCUUGGUCACCAAUCCACUCAACCUACUGGCGGGCAGUGAUGAACUCGAGCGUGCUCGUCAGAUUGUCCUGAAAUAUCGCGCCGGCAAGGAUGUGCCCGAGUGCAAUACCUUGGAGGACUUGUGGAAGGCCAAGUAUCUUUACGAUUCGGCUUUCCAUCCAGAGACGGGCGAGAAGCAGAUCAUCAUUGGCCGCAUGUCCGCUCAGGUGCCGAUGAAUACGCUUAUCACUGGCUGCAUGAUGACCUUCUACAAAACAACGCCCGCUGUAGUCUUCUGGCAAUGGUUCAAUCAAACGUUCAACGCCACCGUCAACUACACCAAUCGCUCCGGCACCACGCCCAUUAGCAAAACGCAACUUGUUACUUCAUAUUUGCUGGCAACAAGUGGCGCCUUGGGCACUGCGCUGGGUCUUAAUGCCGCCGUAAAGAAUAUGAAUCCUUUGAUUGGUCGCCUGGUGCCUUUGGUGGCUGUAGCUGCGGCCAAUUGCAUCAACAUACCCUGCAUGCGCAUGGAGGAACUGCGCAAUGGCGUUGUGCUGCUGGAUGAGAAGAACCAUGAGAUGGGCAUAUCCAAGACCGCUGCCUUUGCUGGCAUCUCAGCUGUUGUGCUGAGCCGUAUCUGCAUGGCCAUGCCUGGCAUGACUCUAACGCCGCUGCUUAUGAACAAACUGGAGAAAAAUGGUUUCCUUAAGAGAUUCCCACGCGCCAAUGCGCCCAUUCAAACUUUGUUCUGUGGCUUUGUGCUUAUUUUUGCCACGCCCCUGGGCUGUGCAUUCUUUAGUCAACGCGCUGCCAUCAAAGUGUCCAAGCUGGAGUCAGAGGUGCGCGACAACAUAGAAAAGAAACGUCCUGAAUUGGAUACUGUCUGGUAUAACAAGGGUCUGUGAAGUAACAAUCCCACUUACUGUUUGAGCUUAGCUGCUGAAGGGAGGACAAUAAUUUAAUAUUAAGUUUAAUUAUUGCACUAACACAGUUGCAUUUAAAACAGAUUUAGAUAUUGACAGAAUUUUAACAUGCACAAAACAGAGAGUACUCAGAUUUAUUUAAGUGAUUAAAUGAUUAUUAUAUGUGACAUUUAGUUGUAUAUUAUAUAUGUUGAGCUGUUAUUAUAUGUCCCGCAGCAGCGCUUGUUGUUUAUAGUUGAAUUAUU